AAGUGAACAACAGUGACAAUGAACAAUUUCUACGUUAGCGUUUUUAUUGUUGUUAUUUAGACGUUUAACACCCUGGAUUUCAAAAUAUGACUAAUGUAACUGCACAGCAUCACAUACUCACACUAUAAAGUGUAUAAUUCGUGUUGGAGACGACUUAGUUGAUAGAUGUUAUCUAGGUAACGCUAGCUGCUAACAAUGGCUAACUGUAUGGUUUUUCACACUCAAAUAGCCUCCAUCAUGGAGGUACUGGCAAACGCAGCAGUGGCAGAGAUCUGUAAACUCGUAGACGACGACUAUGCAGUGUUUCGUUUGGAAAUAACUCAAAGCCAGAAAGAAAACAGGACAUUGCGGAGGAAACUACUGGAACUGAAGGUGGCAAGGGAGCGCGCUGAGAGGACAAUAACAGACCGCGUCCUCGCCAGUCGUCCCAGUAGUGUGAAGAUCCUCGACCGAUACAGAGGAAUGGCAAGAGGUGAAGGACAUCGCACUGGAGGCUACAGAAGCUUUGUAAAGCCUAUGGGACACCAUACAUGGAGAGAUGACCAACCAAUCACUGUUGAUGAGGGGAGUGGAACCUCAACCCAGCACGUUAUCAUGUUAGAGCCUGCAGAUGCAGAGGCUGCAGGUACUGGAGUCAAGCUGGAGAGGUCUGAAGGAGAGGAGGACCCACGACACAGCACAGAUAUCCAGACUGGAGCAGCUGGAGUGCCUCCUGUAGCUAUGGAGGACCCCACCAUCGCCUCAGUGCAGCCCAGGACCCGAUGCAGCAUCACGGAGGUCAGUGGAACCCAGAACGCCGUUCUCAAGUCAGAGAGAGACACCGAGACUUUAACGGGGCUGGGACAACUGGGCUGUCCUCCUGCUCCCCGCUCAGAGUAUUUACUUUACGGUAACCUGAGGACAGUUUUAUCCAAUCGGGACUCAGGUGAUGCAUUACAGGCUGACAAUGAUCCAACCUGUUCAUACGUUACAGAGACACAGAUGAUAUCUGGUGACAUGCCUGUGGGCUUAGAUACACAGACUAAUCCAAUGAGAGGGGACUGGAACCAGUACAGCAGUAGUGUAUACUCGGAAGGUUUCCUAGAUAAGAAAGGGGAGGGUCUAGUCGUAGAUGAGGUGAUUGUGAAAGUUGAGCGCGACUCUCCUCAGACAUGGAAUGCAGAUGAGACUCACUUAAAAGAAGGACACUCGCAGGGCAACACCAGCGACUUUUUAGAUUACAGGGAAAGCUUGGAGACAAAUCCAAAUGUUGCGACCCACUCCCCUUCACAUGUGUUCAGAGAUCGCGACCCAGUGUCCACGUCGAUGGGCCCUUCUGAUUUACACGGCCACGUCUUUUUUGAUCAGGUAUUGAACUCAAACGACAGGACUAGAGCCCAGGCUCAGACAGGGGAUGCUACAUCAGGCAAUAGUAAAGAGAAACGGUUCCUCUGCAUGUUCUGUAACAAAGCCUUCAGCUGCCCACAUAAUGUUGAGAUCCACCAGAGGGUCCACACCGGGGUAAAACCCUUCAGCUGUACACGGUGUCAUAUGCGCUUCGCCCAGGCUGGCAACCUGAAGAGGCACCAGAGGGUCCACACAGGGGUGAAACCCUUCAGCUGUACACAGUGUCACAUGCGCUUCGCCGAGGCUGGUGACCUGAAGAGGCACGAGAGGGUCCACACAGGGGAGAAACCCUACAGCUGCCCCCAGUGUGAGAAGAGGUUUUCCCGCCAGCACCAGCUGAAGAUGCACUUGAAGGUCCACACGGGAGAAACGCUGUUUGCCUGUACGCACUGCGGGAAGAGGUUCUCAGAGAGGAGCUACCUCAGAAUACACCAGCAGAAAAAUCAUUCCAGUCUAUAACAUUCAAAUAAACCAUUUCACGCUUAGCUUCUUACGUUUAGAUCAAACCCUGAAUUAAAGACACAUGUAUACAUUUUCAUUGUUAUCAGCAGAAAAGAUCCACAGAGACAUUUGGAAUAACAGUAUCAGAUUUCAGUGUUGAAUAUUGCUGGGUAGAAUAUUGCAUCCAGACAUUGUGUGUUAUAAGCCUAAAGUCUGUUACAUAUUAUGUUUGUACUCUGUGGGGUACAUGUUUACAAAUGCCUGGAUUACUUCCAUUCGCCUACUGAAUAUUUUCCCAAGACACUUUUAAUGAGAAAAGAAAUGCAGUUCAACAAGUUAAUGCCAGAUUUUUAGUUGGGUCAUGCAUAUGUGUGGUUUUCAUAUGGUGUAUGUACAACUUGUUGAUGUUUAAUAAUCACAAAAUAGGACUUUUCAUUGAGGCUUUCAUUGAGACUCUCUUUAGUAUACAUCACAUCUGAUCCCAACAGUGCUUCAUAACCAAUAUACACUUACUAAAUAUACUUACUAGGCCCAUUAUUUAACACGUGACAUGUUCAUCGCUGUACAUUUUUCGGAUGCUGUUAAUUGCGUUUCCAUAUCUUGCCGGCACAUGUGUUUCAGCACCGGCGAUUUUAAGUGCAGAACACAACAGGGAACACCGUUACAGUCAGUGCUUCACACCUUUGCAUAGCUGAAGACCGAGAGCCUCUAGCCAAAAUCAUGUGAAAGUUAUACCCAAUAUUACUGGAGCUAUGUUUUUUUUCUGCCGCAGAUUGGAUGGCGCAUGUCACAGGCCAUUUUAAACUACUCGCAAGCUGCUGUUUUUUUUGGUUUGAUAACAUUGUUUAGCAAGCUAGUCAUGUUACUUAGCAACCUGGUAACUUGACCACUAACUAGGCUAUGCACAAAUUUGGAUGGCACAGGAAGAACUGAAAAGGAAUUGACUUCAAAGGUAGGCUGCAUAUUCAAGAGUGGGGUGUGUGUGAGAGAGAGGAUGUGUGUUUCAAGUUUCACAGUUGUAUUGUCAUGUGUACUAGUACAGUGAAAUGCCUUUUUCUUUCUCAACAAAGCAGUAAUCAAUAUCAUAGUCAAUGGUGUGGGAGUAAGUGUGAGAGACCUGGUGUUUGAGGGAGAGUGCGUAGGACUAUGUGUGUAAAGUUAUCUGAACAGUACAGAUGGUUACAAUGUUUUCAUCAGUUUAAAAGCUCUCUGUUCUUUGUAUCCAUAGAGACAGUUAUUUUUUUCCUAGAAUACCUGAAGCUUUAACAGUACUUAAAAUGGUGUGUGUGUCUGUACUGUUUACAAGUGUUACACAUUAAGAACAUUGAUAAGAGGGAGUAGGCCUACUCAAACAUUGGGAGCAUUAAUAGCUGUAGCAAUGUUAGUGAUGUGUUGUUCAUGGUGGAAAUGCUACUAAAAGAUUUUGACGUA